AUGCUGGACUCUCAUACUGCCCCUAUCGAUGGACAUGACCGCGCCGUCGAGGGCCGUUGUCGGACCAGUCUGCUCGAACAAUUCUCUUGUCGCCCCGACACGCUCGAAGGGACACUCCUACACCCUAAAUGGAUCUGUGUUCCGGUCCAUCGAGUCUUCAAACUUCCCGAUCAUGGAUCCAGCUUGGGACUUCAAAGAUUUUGUUUUUCGUUUGUUGCCGUUCGUUUCGGGAACUCAAUCGAAACUGAUUCUAUGUACUCCACCUACAUACUACAUACAAAUGCACAUUUUUUAAAAAAAAAAAAAAGAUGUCCUUCAACGACCUCCGAUGGCCGGCAAAUAUCCGUUGAAGUCGGCCUACCGAUCCCAACAGAGCCGAAAAUCAAGCCGAAAUACAAUAAGAAAAGCUGA